UGCAGGUUUAUUGAUUAGCGCUUUAUUCAUAACCAUGAUGUUCGAGACUGUGAAGAUUGUAAACUGGGAAAGAUAACUCUAUGUUGUGUUGCCGAGAAAAACAAACAUGGCAGGUCGUGGACGAGGUAGAGGAAGAGGAGUAUUGUUAAGCUCUGAAGUAAUGAACCAUAUUGCAGGCGUUCCUGGAGGUGGAGCAGAAAACAGUGUAGCUAAAAAGGAAACAAGAGGAAGAAAUAAUUCUGUGUCAGAUAUUGAGGAAGUGGUGGGCAAUCUUUCACUGAACAUUGAUGAAAAACAGUUAAAAGAUCUCACAAAGAUAUCUGAAGAAGUUUGUAAAACAGCGGAAGAUUUGAAAAAACUUGCAGCAAUAAUUUAUGAAAAGUGUCUCAAAGAUCGAGAAUUGGCGGAAUCCGGAUCAUAUGUGGCUCAAAAACUUUCAAAUUUCGAAGUUGAUGGUGUCAAGUUCCGUGCCUGUUUACUCAGCCUAGUCCAGCAAGAUUUUAAAGUUAAAGAAGAACUGCGUAAAGAAUCAAUCAAUAAAUUCUUAGGCUUUUUUACAUUCCUGUGUCAGAUAUUUUUUAAUCUGAAAAUAGGGAAUCGUGAACCCAUCAAACCAUUAGUUGGACCUAUCAUGGAAUGCUGUGAUAUGAUUGUAGAUUCUGAGGGUGAAAAAUGUAAUGAUGAUGAAUUUGAAUGUAUAUCUAUGCAGUUGCAAUGUGUGGGUAAAUUAAUUGAAUCUGUUGAUUCAGAUAGAAUGCUUGACUUCCUAGAAAAAGUGAGGAAAAAAAUUGUCAUGGAUAAGACCCCACCAAAAGUUCGCUGUGUUUUGUUAGAGUUAAUAGAAUGUUAUGGUAGAAAGUGGGAACCAGCUUCUAAUGAUGUUACUAGAUGUUAUUGUGAUAUAAUGGCUGAACUUUAUGCAGGAAUGGUUGUGUGAUAAUACUUUAUUUGAAAAUAUUUUAAGCAGCGAUACUGUUCUUCAAUACUCUAUUUGUCGGUACUUGAUAUGAUAAUGAUACUACGGUACUGUGGAUGAUAACAGCAAGUGUAGAUCAGUUGAUUUUACCGACAUUGGCACUGCAGCAUAUAUGCCUAACAUUUUCUGUUAUGUUGAGUUUUGUAUAAUGCAUAAUUAUUACUUACCACAAGGGUAACUGAUGAACAUAUCAAAAAAAGCACUCAAUUAUAUUAAUUGUUUUAUGUCUUUGUGAAUGGGUAUGUAGAUAUUGUCCUAAUUUUAGCAUUUAAACAUCUUUGAUUUGGAGUAAAAAAUAAAUUUGAUGAUUUGAUUAAGUUUGAUAUGUUGAUUUACUGUCUGAAAACUGUAUCUUGUCUACAUUUAAUAUUAAGAUCCCCAGAUUGAGCCAGUCGCUAAAAUAUAACACUUGAAGCCAAACAUGAAUCUAAAAUUAUGAAAUAAACUGAAAUAUAACUCUAUAUACGUUCCCUUACCUAAUGGAAAUAAAACCUCAGAUCAAUUGAACACCUUGUUUUAGUCUAAGUCAAAGAGGUUUAGUUCCUUUAAACAUAAUCCUUUCCUUAAAACCAAGAACUUAAACACAUUUAGUCAUUUAAAGGACAAUAUUGGUGUCAACCAUUAUCACAUAUCAUUGCUACGAUAGAUACAAAUGAAGAUUUGAGGACACGGAAGUGACAGAUACAUGGGCAAAUUUCUGCUCACUGAAAAUUCCUUCAAAGUUGUUAUAUGAGACUGUUUCAAAAAAAUAAUUGAAUGUUACUAGAUAAGAGAAAACGAGAAAAAUAGAAAUAACCCGUACAUUUCCUUGUUUUUAUUCAUUCUAUACUUAAUAAAAACAUGGUAAUGCACGGAAGUGAAAUAGGAGAGUAUGAUAUUGUUCCAGAAUUUAUUUAUGAGGUUUAAAUCAAUAUCAAGAUGACUGGAAGUGGCCCAAUAUCAGUCAUAUAAAUGAAAAAUUUAAUCAUAUUAUUUUAUAUACUUUAUGUAUUCAUCAAAGUGUUUGAACAUUUUUAUAGGUUUACAUUAAUUAAUCUUUUUCCAAUUUAAACUUCAGAAUACUCCAUUUCAAAACUUUGAUUUCUAGACGUUCUCACAACUUGAGUUCUGUGCUAAGAAAGUUUUCAAUAAAAUUAUUGUUCUGUGCUGCUGAAGUAUUCGCAAAGAUUUAUAUUUGUUACAUUAAGUGCAGAUGCACAUUUAUACAACAAAGCUCAAAGUAAUUUAAUGAAUUCAUAUAAUAAUGAGAUGUCAAAUAUUUUCAUUCACACUGCAAUAUAGGUAUUUUUAAUUAUUUCUAAGAGGGAAUAUAAAUAAAUAAUAAACCUGUAAAACCACAUUUAUUUUAUUAGAGGAAUACAUUUGCUACAUUAUUUUCAUAACCUGUCAUAUCACCAUAUUUAUAAUCGAAGAACAAAGAUUUUGUGUGCAACUGAAUAAGUUUCACUGUUUGAUUGCACAGGAAAGAUAUCAUUACAAACAGCCCACUGCUUAAUUUCCUCAUGUCACAGUUUUAUUUCCUUAUUUCUGUUUUCAACCACAAAUUUCUAUAGUUUAUAAUAUGGAAUAGACCUAAUUCUGAUUGUAUAAUUAAGGAGCAAACAAAGAAGUAAAAUUUGAUAGGGUUUUGAUAAAACAAUGGAAGUAUGCUUCUUAGAAUAUAGGUGUCUAUUCAUUUGAACUUAAUAUGUCAACUAGUUUCACAUUUUUAAGGAAUGAAUGAUUAUGAUAAAUUGUAGAAUAUUAAGAGCAAGAGUUUCCCGUCUAAGCUAAAUUUAACCCCAGACAGUAGAUAUUGCCUAUCCAGGGGGUAAAUUUGCUGAUACUGGGUUUGUACAUAAAUCUUUUUCAGUUAUAAUUUUUAAACAAAACUAAAGUAAGAUUAUUAUGUUCUGUUAUUUGUACUUGAAGUAAUAAUGUUAUAAACAAUAUUGUAAAUAUCCUCUAUUGCUGGUUGCUUUAUUAUGGCAGCAUGUUACUGAAGCAAUGACCGGGAGUUUUACAACAUCUAGACUUUUACAACCUCUAGCCGUUGCUGGACUGGUCUGCAAUUCCCGAACUUAUAGCUACGUUAUGUCCCUUUAACGCAGACACAAGAACGAUAGCGCCCAAUCAAAGGUUGUGGCACAAACACACUCAAAUCAAGCAUGGCGACCUCCACAGAAACCUUGACAUUGAACGAACCCUGAACUUUGCAACUCAAUUAUCACAUGUAGAUAUUUCAGCGGGAAAGCACGAGACUUGGUAUUCGCGAUGAUUGAAGAAUCUGAUAGGCUUCCCAGCUCGAGCAGUAACCAAUCGAAAUUAGUGCCGAAAUAUGAAAUGUAUUACUGAAGGGCUUGUUAAGAUGUACUGAGUUAAAGCGAGAUAAAGCCUUUUGUAUAAGAUGCAUAAACUUAAAUUACUGAACAAAGCAAAGUUGCCAGUUUGAGAACCCCUGAUUUGAAGAAGAGUCAAACAAGUUGAUUUUAUUUACUCAAAAUUUCCAUGACGGGUGUUCGUUACCUCAUUUCUUUUAAGAAUCAUAAAACUAUAUUAAGCUCAUUUAACUUUCAUCAUAAUUAUUUUCAUGGUUUAAAAUAUUUUGAUAUAGGUGGUCAGUGUUAUCAGUAUUAAUGUUAGCAUCAAUUUUGUACACAGGAAACAAUUCUGUGGAAUGUGGAAUACAAUUACUGUUUAUUGUUUAAUAUAGAGAAGCCUAGUCAAAACCUUAAUUGGAUUCCAUAGAAUUGUGACCUGUGUAUUUCCAGUUCAAUUAUUAAAUGCCAUUAAAAUCAAUUUUGAGUAUAUUAUUUAAAACAUACACAUAAAGUGCAUCUUAUGGCAAUUUAAUUUGGGUUAUUUUGGUUCUGUGUACAUAAAUUAAGGAAUCAAAAGCGUAGUAAAAAUUUUUUAAGGGGUACCAGAGUAUAGAAUAUGUUGCUCAAAAUACUGUUUCCUACUGAUGAUAUCAACUAAAUACUCUGCAAACUAUCAUCAUUUUAAAAUCAAUGAAAUGGGGUUUUAAUAUCCUACUUCUGUGCACCAACGGACUAAUGAAGAUGGGCAUUUGCCAUGCAGUGUGCUAUAGGAAAAUCUUGGCUCGGACUAUGAUUUCGAAUUCCAACUGUCGGGCGGGGGGGGGGGGGGUAUUUUUACACUAUUCAUUGUAAUGUCAUGCCCCUCUCCUCCACACUGGCCAACACCAUAACAGCGCCUUACUUGCUGAGCAACUGUGUCUCCCUUUAAAUUCAAUACUAAUUUUAUCUGUAUUAAAUUAUGAAUAAUGUAACCAUCUUCUUUAGAAAUAUUACAUUAUUUUGUGUUAGUUGAAUUGUUUUGUAAAUAAAUUUGUAAAUCGAAUUAAUCCUGACAUGUGAAUUAAUUUUGUCAUGUUUACAGAAUAUAUUUAUCAAGGAACAUGUAAAUAAUUUUGUCUCUUGUAAAAAUUUGAUGAAUACAUUAAGCAAACACUAGAAUGGAGGUUGUCUAUAAAAUGUUAAGAUAGAACCAUUCCACACAAUUUAUUAAUUGUAAUUAGAUUUUGCUGUUUAGUUUUUAUGUUAGUGUUUUUGGAAUUAAAUUUGCUGUAUUAAUGAAAAUCUUUUAAAUUUGAGCCUAUUGUAAUGGUUUUAUAUUAUCCCCCAGCAAUUCACACUAUUUGUAAGAAAACGAGUCUUGAUUUGACUUAAAGGGUACGUUCAGAUUUUCACUGGAUCUCCGAUAUAAAGGGGGCGUUAAGUAUGUAUUUCACGGACAUCUAUAUGAUUUUUCUCCUUUAAGAUUGAUCCGCCCUUGUCCCUAUUCUUUUAAGUAAUCCAGUAUUAUAUUGUUUCAGAAAUACGGGAUAUAUUCUUUUUCAUGUAAUUAAUCUUUUCAAGGACAUUGAAAUAAAAGAUAUUUGUUGUAUUUAAACAUGUCAUUUACCAUUCACCUUGCCUAUAUUCACUGUUUAUAUUUGCAUUCUUUAUACAUUGUUAGAAUUGUAUUUUGACGGUUUUAUUUGAAUAUUCAUAAAGUGCUUUUAGAACCAACAGAUAUUCAUUAUUGGUGCGCGGCUACAUUUCUUAUAUAGAAAAUACAAUAAAAUUUGUUUGUCUUUAAAUAUA